AUGAACUUUAAUUCUGCUAUCAUUAAUCGAAACGAAGCGGCGUCAUGCGAAGUUGGAAACACUUCAAUGGAUUUCUAUUAUCCUUCCUCUCAUCAGGCAGCGGAAUCAUCAAUUAUUGCAUCAUUAAACGCUGUACAAGAUGAUGACAUGGGAGAUGAACUAACGGAGCUUGAGAUAUUGAGAUUGCAAGCUGCAAAUGCAAGGCAAAAGAGAAAUAUGGAUAGAAUGAUGGAGCGGGAGCAAACUCAAAUGACAAAAAAGCUCGAUGGAGUCGGUUCAUUUGUUAAUCAACUUAGAGGAAUACCUGACUCAACAGAACCGAAGAGCAGAAUUAUGUUGGAUACGCACGGAUAUGUAGUUCGUAAUAGGAGGCCUCUCCUACAUAACAUCGGGGGAGCUGUUGUUCUAACUAAUCACUCAAAUCAAACUGUCAUAGACGAUUUACCUCCUUUACCUCAUCGACCAUCUAAUCCUGCAGAACUGAGAAAGUUGGUGCGAAGUAAAAUGAUUAGAUGCAAGGUGUGUCAUAAUCGUUUCGGAGAAACGCAUAUCCUUGAAAGGCAUUUACGGGAUAAGCAUCCAGUUGAAUAUCUUGAAUUUUUAUAUGAACAAGAACUUUUUGUUGAAAAGCAAAGAGAAGAAGAAGCGGAGCAAAAUAGGAUUGAAGAGUUAACUUCUGGUGGAUUUAUUCCUCCUCAAUCAGAAAUAGAUGCUCCUUGUUAUGAUGUUCGAACCGAGAACAUCCCUCUCCCGGGUGAAUUAACGGGAGGAGUGCCAGCAAAAGUAGACUCAUUUGGUAGGCUGAAGCUCCCUCGACGUGUAUAUAAAAAAAAGGUUUCCCCUCAGUGCGUAUUCUGUGAUAAAAGAUUUAGAAAUGACGUGUCUCUCAAAAAACAUAUUAUUAAAAAACAUCCUGAGUGUACAGAAUUUGUACAGUGCCUUGAUUGCUUUAAAUGUUUACCUCAAAAAGAAGAUUUAACUGAUCAUGCUUGCGAUAUGACUUAUUUGUGCAUUGAAUGUACACCUAUCAGAAAUUUAUGCAGUGAAGAACGACUUGUUAACCAUCGAAUGAAGUUCCAUCGAGGUGCUAGUAGUGGAUUCAAAUGUCAUGAGUGUAACAUCAAAUUUUUAACACCUAGGAAAUUAAGAAAACACAAAAAAAUGGCUCAUGUCUUUGUUAAAACUUAUCCCUGCCAUUUCUGCGAAGAACAUUUUACUUCAGAAGUUUCUGUGACAACACAUGAACGAAUGCACACUGGAAUAAUCAAGUUUGAAUGCAAGAUUUGCGACUAUAAGUCGAAUAGAUACUCAGAAAUGGAGGAGCACAUGAAGGAAGAACACGGCUACCUUUGUUCGAUUUGCCAAGAGAAGUUUGCGGAUUGGGCGGAUAUCAAGAAUCACACGUUAAUUCAACAUGGUGGUUACCUGUCAAGUGAAUCAAAUGCUGGUUACAUCGAGUCGCCUCGCGUAUGGGUCAUGAUGAAAGGAGAGUAG